AUGGAAAUCCCUAGGGUAAACUCGCACCGCUUUCUUGGAGUUAUACUAGAUCACAAACUUAAUGGCAAAUCUCACUUCAAACACCUCAUCAACAAAGGACAGAAUAUCAUAAACAUCAAUAUGGCUCUAUCUGGUAUAAAAUGGGGCGCACAUCCUGGACUGUUACUCACCAUAUAUCGCUCUGUCCUUAGAAGUUCAAUCGAAUACGGCUGCCAAUUUUUCUCAUGGAGUAUUCAAUCUUCUGAAUUCACCAAGCUUCUUCGCAUUCAAUACAAAGCUAUCAGAAAAGCUAUGGGAUAUCGGAUAUCCACACCCAUUAAUGUUAUGUUAAGCGAGGCAAGAGAACCACCGCUACACCACAGGUUCACUCUUUCUAUCUCCAAAUACAUAUACAAGGCUAUGGCACAUAAGUUCAGCCCCGCUUACCUAGCUCUAAAGCAAAUGGAUUUGGUAGCCACCAGCAAAAAUCUGAAAAUCCAAGCCAUUCAGGAUUCCUUUCAAUUCAGGAAUCUUUUCAAGGCCUAUGUCCUCUCUAGACAUGUAAAAAAAACAAUUCAUCGAUCUGCAUAUCCAACCGCUUUUUGGCACAAAUUGGAAGUCAUAUCCAGUGAGAUCAAUUAUAUUAGAGACAUGCUCGAAUGCGAUACAAAUAACCCGCCGGAAUUUAUUGCUCCACAGUUUUUACACAAAUCUCUUGAUUACAGAUUAAACGCCAUCACCAUUUACACGGAUGGCUCUAAGGAGCCUGGUAACCCCGUUGGAGCAGGGGUGUACUUAUCUGAUCUGGGCAUUAGCAUCGCGCAUAAACUUCCUGCGCAAACCUCGAUCUUUUCGGCAGAACUCUGGGCGAUAUAUCAGGCGACUCUGCUCGCCAGAGACUGUGGACAUAACAACACUACGAUCUUCAGCGAUUCUAAGAAUGCUCUGGAUGCAAUCAGCAAUAACAAAUAUUUCCAACGGAACUACAUCAUAUAUUAUAUUAAACAAUCCAUCCUGAACGCCUCCAAGGAAGGUACCAAUAUCGCUCUCUUCUGGAUUCCAUCGCACUCUGGCAUUACAGGAAAUGAAACAAUAGACUCAAUUGCUAAGGACGCUGCAAUAAAUGGCACUAUUCCUGAGUUUCGUAUACCACAUGAAGAUCUUUUCUAUGAAUCCAACAAUAAAGCUUCAGCACAGUUUAAAGACUACCUCAAGACUGCGGCUUCAUUCAAGGGAGUUCUCCACUUUGCACGUUAUCAACUACUAAGAAUACCUGGUUUGAGGACACUUCUCUUAAUAGAGAAGAAAUUGUCACGGUUAACCGGCUAA